GCGCAACCAGUAGACCCAGAUCUAACAGCUAAGCUACUUGGUCGCGGUGUUGCUGUCUCGCCAAUUGUAACUGUUGAACCACGUAGACGCAAAUUCCAUAAGGCCAUUACAUUGAGCAUGCCCGCACCUAAAGCACAUAGCCAGGGCAUGAUCAAUCAAUAUUCCGGCAAUACUCCAACUUUACGCCUUUUAUGCUCUAUUACAGGAGGACCGUCCAGAGCUCAGUGGGAAGACGUUACCGGUUCUACACCUUUGACUUUUGUCAAUGAUUGCGUGUCCUUUACUACAACUGUUUCAGCAAGAUUUUGGUUAAUGGAUUGCAGAAAUAUUGGUGAAGCAACAAGAAUGGCAACCGAACUCUACAAGGAAGUUAUACAUGUACCAUUUAUGGCCAAGUUUGUAGUUUUUGCUAAGAAAAUCGAACCGUAUGAAGCCCGCUUACGUGUGUUCUGUAUGACAGAUGAUCGGGAAGAUAAAACACUGGAAAAACAGGAGCUUUACACAGAAGUGGCGAAAAGUCGUGAUGUUGAAGUUUUAGAGGGUAAACCACAGUUUAUUGAAAUGGCUGGUAACUUGGUACCGGUAACAAAAUCCGGCGAUCAAUUACAGUUACAGUUUAAAGCAUUUCGUGAAAAUCGUUUACCAUUUACUGUACGUGUAAAGGAUCAACAUGCCGAUAUUGUUGGACGUACAUUGUUUAUGAAAGAACCGAAAGUUGCAAAAGGCGAACCACCACAACAUCCAAUUUGUAUAUUGAAUAUUGUUUUACCAGAAACAGUGAUACCAGACUCAACUACUGUAUUCUCUGAUAAAAUUUCCGCAACCUAUCGUAGCUCAUUGUUUAGUUUAAGUAAACAUCAGAAUGAUCACUAUAUUGGUGAUAUACGCAUUGUCGAUCUAUCAAAUCUUUUGGGUAAGGAUUGGGUACAAUUAGCCACUGAAAUUGGCAUCACUACAGAAGAAAUUGAUGAAAUUAUCAGCCACAAUACCGAUAGCAUUGCAAGACAAGCACAAAGCAUGAUACGCUUAUAUAAAGAUAAACCAAAUUAUGAUAUUCAUGCGCUUGAAAACGCUCUCAAGAAUAUCGGACGGGAAGAUAUAAUGAAGAAAUGCAAGAGUGGGCGUUUGUCGCAUUCUCGUGAUUUUGAUGAUACUGACAUCAUGAAAAACUCAGAAUCUGUUGAAGAGCUUGUUCGACAAGAAAGUAAACGAAUACAGCAUGAACUUGAUGAGGUUAAAUAUUCUGCUGAAGAAAAAGAGGUCGAAGAAUCAGAAUCUGAUGAGGAAAUAACAAAGCGUACAGUUGCGGAGAGGAGAGAAAAAAUUGUGAAGCGACUUUCAAUUGAACGUCAAAUACCAGCAUCUACACAAAAGAAAGAAAUAACUCGAGAAAUUACUGAAAUAAAACGUAAAAGCUUGAUCGAAGAUAAAAAGGCUAUACAUGAAUCAGAAAUAAUGAUGCAAUUACCCACUGAUAAUAUUAUUAAGUCCGCUAUUGUCCCAGAUCAAGUCAUUAAAAUGAAAAUGGGAAAAAUGGAUUCUACAGAUAUUAGCAAAAGUGAUUUUGACAAAGAACUUACACAUAAAUUCAAAACGUCCGGUCGAAGUUCCGAAGAAGAUGACUCUUUAAUAGAACAAAAACGUCCAGAAAGUGUUGAUAAUUUAAAAAUAGUAGCAGAUAUAAUAUCAGCUGAGAAACCUAGUAAAUUACAAUCUCCAAUUGAGGAUAUGGCUACCCAAAUAAGUGAUACUAUGCAAGAUACAAAAAAACUAACUGAGGACUUUUUGAAUGUAGAAAAACAAACCCAACUUCCUUCAGAUAUCACCAUAACCGAAAAGUUUGUUGAAGAAGUUAAGGAAAAAUUCGAGCAAAAACCAACUAAAUCUAUUCCUACUCCAACAGAAAAGAUAUCGGCAGAUGCUGCAGAAAAAGAAACAAAAAAGGUUGAAAGCAUUGUUUCUGCUUUCGAAAUAACUAAAGAUGCUAAUAAUAUUGAGAAGAAAAAAAGUGAACAUAUAUCAACAGUUAAAACUAUACAUACAGAUAACGUUGUUACAGAAACAAUAUUAAUUUCCGAAACAGUUAAACCAAGCGAAACACAGAAAAAACAAGAGAAAGUUGAAGUGGUUGAGAAGCAGGAGAGUAAGAAAAUCGGAGAUAAAAUCGCCGAUUUUGAAGCUAAAUCCAAAAUUCCAAAGCUUAUAAGAAGACCAUCAGAUGAAACGAAAAUCACUACCGUAGGACCAGCAGCAGCACCACGAAAAAUGGUAACAACUGAAAAAUCUUUAGAGGAGAAGAAAGACGGCAAAAAAGAUGCACCGGAAAAAACUGAAAUUAAUGCCAGAAAACUUACUGAAGAUUUUAUAACAAUGGAACAAAAAUCACAAAUACCAGCGCCUAGAAAAAUUAAAACAGAUAUUCAAAAAGUAAAUGAAACUAUUAAGCAAAUAACUGAAACAACUGUAGGGGUACCAGUUGUACAACAAAGAAAGUCUUUAUUGGAAGAAACUGAACAAAAGCAACCCGUAGAGAAACCAAAAGUGCAGGAACAACAAAAAAAAGAAGAAAUUAUAAAGUCCGUCACAGAAGACGAAAAAGUUUUAAUCACAACUAGAACUGAAGAACCUGUUAAAGUAGAAACUCUUGACAAGUCCGUUGAUAAAAAAAUUUCUUCUAUAGAUGUUCAACUAGAGAAAGCAAGAGUCAUUGAUGCAAAGAAAUUGACGCAUGAUUUUCUCAGCAUGGAACAACAGACACAGUUACCAGUCACAGUAACAAAAAUUCCAGUUUUGAAGGAUGAAUUCAAAGGGUUAGCUGGAAAAGUUAAAACAGGUGUUACAGAAGAAAUAUCUAUUCCUGAAGAUGAACACAUAGCACCUUUCGCAGAAAAGCCACUUGAAGAUUUAAUAAAGAUAACAAGUGAAAUAAUGACUACUGUACCAAGUUUCCCAUUAGAUGAAUCUAUUUGUUUCACUCAAGGUACUUUCAAAGAUCAAACCGAAAUGUGGAGUGAGGAAAGAAAGAAAGUUGAGGAAACUACAAAAGAUACAAUUAAAGAUACUUUCAAAUCUGUAAAGCAUGAAGUAGUUGAAAAACCGGUAGAAGAUUUAGCAAAAAUCACAAGUAAUAUAACCUCAACAAUUCCUGUUACAGAAACACAAAAAACUGUUUUUGAAACAGUAGAUACAGUCAAGAAAACUGUUGAGAAAGAGUCGGUUGAUUUUAUGAAAACAUUUAAGACUGAUGCAUAUAGUAAAGUAGAGGAAUUAUCAGAUGUCGUGAAAGAUGCUAAAGAAAAUAUUAUACAGACCAAAGAAACUGUUGAUAUUACAACUAAGAAAGAAAUUUCUAAAAUAAGCGAACCCUUUGAAGAAAUAAAAGAUACUUUUAAAACUGUUACCGAAACUGUAAGAGAAAGUUAUGAUACAAAAAAAGAGGCUGUCAAAGAAGAAGCCUCAAAGGUGUUUGCACCUUUGGCAACAACAGUAACAACCCCAAAAAUUGAAACCAAACAAUUUAUAGAUGAUUUUAAACCAACUGAAGAGACAAAGGAAGCUACAAGUAAACUUGUCGAGUCUGUCAAAAAACUAGAAGAUGCAAUUUCAAUCGUUGGUAAAUCUCUAGAUGGUAUUGAAACUGCUGCACCUAUAAUUGAUGAAGGUAAAGUAGCUGCUAUGACAACUAGAAAAUUAACAGAAGACUUUCUAAAUAUGGAACAAAAAACACAACUUCCUGCUGAAAUGAUACAAACACGACAACAAAUUGAAAAUAUACAAUUUGAAAAAAUGUCGACUUUACCUUUAAAAGAAGAUAAAGAAAUCAAAAUAAAGGAAACUAUAGGAGUAACGGUUCCAGAAAAAGUACUCGAUAUAGAAAUAAUACCAAAGGAAAGUACCAAAGUUACUGUACCAGAAAAAGUACUUGAUAUAGAAAUGGCGGCAAAGGAAAGUAUCAAAGUUACUGUACCAGACAAAGUUCUUGAUAAAGAAAUUAUACCAAAGGAAAGUAUCAAAGUUACUGUACCAGAAAAAGUGAUAGAUUCUGUUAAAGAUACAGUUAAAAUAGUUUCAACAGUAGAUACCACAAAAGAUGCUCUAAAACUUACCAGUGAAUUUUUAACAAUGGAACAACGUACCCAAUUACCGAGUGAACAAAAAUGGUCUAUUGAAAUUGAAACAACGACCUUAAUUAGCGAUGAACUAGCACCGCCAAUGCCAAUUGAGCCACGUAAAUCACUUACUGAUGCUGAAUUUUGCAAAUCUGUACAAGAAACCAUUACCAAAAAAAUGAGCGAAGGCUUAAUUGAAAUCAGUGAUGAGCUUAAAAUGAAAGAAGCUGAUAUACCACAUUCCCAAACUCCACCCCCUACACCAAUUGAUAUUAAGAGCGAAAAACACGAAGAAGAGCAAGUAUUGCAUACUACUUCCGAUAUUAAAGGUUAGUCCUUGUGUACUAAAUUUGAA